AUGGUUGAUAGCUCAUCCUUGGACGAAAUGAAUCUCACGCAUCAACUUCUUUCAUUUGAACCGUCGUCAACGACACCGAAGGUACCGAUCUAUCCUGUUCCAAAUGAAGAACCAUUGAAUGAAUAUCGAAUGAUUCUGCUUGAAAAUCUUGAUGAAUUAUCUCAAUUAAAAUGGGAUCAUUCAGCGAUUCUGUCGCUCAAGAAUAAAUUUACGAGUUCAGAAAUAAGCAAUAAUAUUUCACCACUAAAAACAGCCUUGCUCGUCGUCGAAACGGUUGUUACAAAUAGAAUCUCACUUCCGACGCACAUCCAGCGUAUUGUCAAGACAAUUACUACGUCUCCAGCCCGUCAAUGGAUGAAUGAAUUGAACAAAAUUGUUGACGAACAAGGCGAGGCCAAAUCGGUACCUGUACUUCUUGAAGAACUAGCCCGUGAAAAUCCAUCAUUAAAUAUAACCGAAUUGGAGCAACGAUAUCAAAUAGUAAUGGAUCAUUACAAAGCACAAACAUCUCAAUGGACAUCGACAAAUAUUCAACAAUCUAUCUUUAAUGAUGAGCUCAAGACGAUCGCCAUCAUUAUUCGAGCGGCACAUCUUCACAAGCAAUAUCGUCCAAGAGAUAUUCAAAUUUUAUCUCUUCUUCUCUUAAUCGGAAAUCCACAUCUAGGUCAAGGACGAUUGGCACAAAUACGCACCGGUGAAGGCAAAUCGAUCAUUGUUUCAAUGUGUGAGUUCAGAACUCAAAUGUGA